CAAAAUUCGGGGAAUUCCGACGACUAAAUAACCUGUUUUAUUACUCAAAUGUUCACAUGAAUUUUGGUAUGUUCUUUUUAGUUGAUGGUCAGUCUCAAAUACUCAUCACCGUCUGAGGACAUUCGACCAUUUCUCUCUUUUUUAAAGUUAAAUCUUACCUGCUGAAAUGAAAAAUUAUUUCUGAAUCACCGACACAUCCCAUCAACACAGCACAACGUUCGGACUGUUCAUUUUAGUUCAAAAAUUCCAGUUGAAGAAAAUGGAAUGGACACCGGUCGACUGGCAAAAGAUAUUUGAGGAUGAGGCUUCAGACAGAACAGCCGUAAUAAUAUCAGCACAACGGGCACACUUUCUUCGAGAUAUAAAUCUACCGUGUGAUUUCGAUCAAUAUGGUGUUGUGGAAACAUUUCGAUACGAGCGCUACAACGGAUACCACUACUCAAUCAUCCAGUUUGCAGAUGCUGCGUCAGCAACGAAUUUAUUAAGAAAACGUUAUAUUACUGUGCGCGGUGUGGAUUUUAUCGUAAAACCGUUCCAUUCCGUUGACGACUUAAUCAAAUCACUUCAAUGUAUGAACGGUUCACAACCAUCGUACCACACAGCGUCAGAUAAUUCCGAAAGAAAUAUUUUGCAUUAUCUGAACGACGAUUGCUUGGGCGAAAUAUUUCGACGAAUUCACAGCUUGUUCGAUGUAGUUUCGAUUGAAAAUGUGUGUACACGUUUCAGGCGAAUCGCAGCGACGACUUUCAUUCCGCUAUUAAAGCGAAAAGAAAUCGAUUUCACCGAAUUAAAGCCAGGUGGAAAUGGUAUCACCGUGACGGACAUUGAACGAUUUUUACGUCGUCAUGGGCCAGCAAUUGUUUCGGUGCAGCUGUGCGAACAUGACUAUCGCAAUAUGUCGGACGUAGUGAAUCCAAUUUUAAAAUUACUGCAAAAGCACUGCGCAAAUCUGAAAUCGUUGACGCUGUUUAAAGAGCCCAAUUUCAGGGAGUUACAAGAUCAGACUUUGAUCGACAUACGUCCACUUUUAUCGAAAUUAACCUACGUUGAAAUUUGGCAUCAGACGAUAUAUGGAUGUCGAAAUAUACCGACGGGAAGAUACGUUGAAUUGAUUACGGCUUGUACGGCCGUAGAGACAUUGAUUGCGAAUAUUGAUUCCUUCACUUUACCCGAAAUCAAUUUUCCUCAGCUAAGAGUCUUUCAAACAAACUGCGUCUAUUCAAAACCCGAUCAAUUUAUCGGAAAAAAUCGUCAAAUCGAAGCACUCGACAUCCCUUGUAAGCCGGCCCUACUGCGUCUUAUUGCCGAAAAUAUGCCAAAAUGCAAUGUCUUCUCAAGCACGUAAACAUCUCCAUUGAGUUACUAACUGUAGGUCAAAGUAUUACUGUCCCAUGUGAAAUCGAAAACAUCGCCAGUGUUCAGUUGUGGGUGCUACAGUCCAUGAAUUACGAUCGUUUGCUUGAACUGACGAAACGAUUGACGAAUCUGGAGAGCCUAUCAUUUCUUUAUGUCGAAACUAGAGCGCACAUGCUGCCACUGGAUGUGCUAAAGAAAAUGGUACAAAAUGCAAACAAAUUGACCAAAUUACGCAUUAGGAUGCCAUCGAAUUAUACCAUUGAUUAUCCUGACUACAACGAAAUACUGCAAAUUGUUGAGAAUCGUACCGAUCCACUUAAAUUGAAUAUCGUUUUGGAUAGUAUAACGGAGAUAUGUGACGGUGAGCAUGGAAUUAAGUCAAUUCGUAUAAACUUAGAUAGGCCACAGUGGCUGACCGUCACGAAACGUUAUCUGUAUUUAACGCGCCGGGUGGGCAGCGCUUAUAAAAAAUUUCAGCGACAAAUGGAGAAAUCGGCAGAUGGUCAACCAACGCAUGUUAUGAUAUCCUCAUUGCCCAGCUUUGGCUUUGUUCCUACGAAACAACAUAAAAUCAAGUUUAACGUGCUAUGACACUUUCGUUGACCUACAGUAGCUCUUAAUAAAUGUAGGUGAGGUGAGACUCAUGAAAUUACGAUCAAAAUUUUACUGUCAAUUUUCUUUAAAACGAUCAUAGCCUUAUCGGUUCGGAUACUUACUUUUUGGAACGCGAGUACCCGGACUAAUUCAGGACGUCAUGAAGUUAGUCUUUUUUGUUCGCUCUCUCUCUCUCUCUCUCUAUCUCUAUCAUAUUUUGUAUUUUUGUGAGGAGGGUUAUUGUACGUACUCUUGUCUCAUUUAACUUUAAAAUCAUUCGAUCAAACGCAACCACACCGAUAACAUGUGCAAUCAGAGACAAGACAUUUUAGUGUAUCUAAUCCAGAUCGAAUAAACGUUAUUUUUGUUAAAGAUUAACU